AAACAAUUCGACGAAGGUUGAAUUGAAUACAACACUAGGGCCAAUUCGUUACUCAGCAUAGAGAAGCAUAACCAAAAGAAAUGAAAGGAAGUAGAUACAACUAGAAGUCAAGAGUUCCUACAAUCUCGCGGGUAGUGAGCCUGUAUUACCCAACACCGGAGCUAGAGCUAACACAACCAAUGGAUGGCCUUCCAUUAGUUCUCCAACUUGUUAUUGACGGAAGAGAGGGCAAGAUUAAAAUGAAACCCGCACCCGGUCGCACGCCGCAAAUGGGCUACUAUCACUCUGCUGUGUUUUUACUAGAGCUCUUGUUGUGGGUAGUGGAGUUCUUACUGGGGUCCGCAGUGUGGCCCAGGGAUAUCACUAAAGCUUUCGGAAGAAUCACUCUUUGCCUGGAGGUAGUGGUAGGGGUUGAAUUAGUCGUGAUAGAAGAGCUGCUGGUCAUGGAAUGGUCCUGGGAGACUGUGCUGCUCCCUGGACAUAAGCUGGGCAAAAUUGUGAUCAGCCCUUUUGGAGGAAGGUAUUGCCAACUGCUCACGUCACAAUAGUAACGUGUGUUUUGGAGGAACGAAGAGCGACGCCACUGUACCGAGGACGGCAUGGUGGUUGAAAGGUGCAUGUAUGUGGAGGGAAGAAGCGGUCACAGUAUAGAACCGACUGUUAAUCUACUCCAGUAGGGC